UACUCCAUCGCUAAAACUCCACUGCAUAAAAUCCGGCAUGCAUGCUCUUUCACAUUUUUAACUUGUUCCCAUCAGUCAGUCGGAGUGGAUAAAUUGUAAAGUUUUUUGUACAACCACACCCCCGGGUUAUCAUCAUGGCGGAUCAGGCCGAGCGCUCCUACCAACGUCAACCGACGAUAUUUCUCAACUCUAAAAAGAAUUUAGGGCUAAAAAAAUCGACUACGACCGUUUCACGGUACACUCGAUCCGUCGGGUUGGGAUUCAAAGCACCCAGAGAGCAAACAGAGCGCGCCUUCCAAAAGCAACCCACGAUAUUUUUGAACGGGAAAACCCCCAAGAAAGCGAUUUAUCUUCGUCACGUAAAAUCUGUCGGAUUGGGAUUCAAGACGCCAAGGGAGGCCACGGAUGGAACCUACAUUGACAAAAAGUGUCCCUUCACAGGGAACGUCUCCAUCCGGGGUCGGAUCCUGACGGGUGUGGUGACCAAGAUGAAAAUGCAGCGAACCAUCAUCAUUCGCAGGGAUUAUUUGCACUACGUUCGAAAAUAUAACAGAUUCGAAAAGAGACAUCGCAACAUGGCCGUUCACCUCAGCCCAGCUUUCAGGGACGUCCAAACGGGUGACAUUGUGACGAUCGGAGAGUGCCGCCCAUUGUCAAAGACGGUGCGAUUCAAUGUUUUGAAAGUUAGCAAAGGACCCGGAAGCAAGAAAAGUUUCAAAAAGUUUUAAAUUUUUGGAAAUUUAAAUAAAUAAAAAAGUUGUUUUUCUGAUAUAAAA